AUGGGCGAUCUAGUCUCUGAAGCCGGUCCACGUGCUUACAGCUACACUCCCUUGCCCGACAGGACAAUUAGGGUGUUGACGCUAUACGGUGGGAAUCCCGAGGACCCGCUUAGGGGUUCUCUCGAGUCUGUUGUCGUUGACGAUGCCGGUGUUUAUGAACCUCUCUCAUAUGUCUGGGGCGACGGGAAUCUCACGCACGAGAUAUUUCUCCCUACUGCACGGCUCAGGCUUACAGCUAGUCUGUACAAUGCCUUGAGACGGCUCAGAAGGCGGACUGGAUCCCGACGCGUGUGGGCGGAUCAGAUUUGCAUUGAUCAGCUCAACAAUGAAGAGAGGUCGCAGCAGGUGCAGUUUAUGAACCAGAUCUACAGGAAUGGGAGUCACGUACAGGUUUGGCUUGGCCUUGAUGAGCAGAAUCUGGCGAAAGAGGCCUUUGACUUUGUACGAAGGCUAGCUGAGCUGCUCGUUAACAACAGUGAACAUGCCGCCCGUCAUGUAGACAGUUUGUCCGAACAGGUAGUCGAUUACUGGAUGCCCUUGAAACACAUAACAGCUCUCCCGUGGUUCCGACGUGGCUGGAUCGUUCAAGAAAUCGGCACCAGAGCUCCUGCAACCCUACAUUGGGGGGAAGCAGAAAUGCAGUGGAAAACACUGCACGAAGUCUGUGAGGAACUUGCAGAAUACCAUCAUAUACGAGUAAAGUUCAAGGUGGCGACGUCAACCAUCAAGUAUCUCUAUCGCCGCUUCAUCGAACCCGCCGCCCCCAGUCGGCACGACAAUCGGUUCAGCUUCAUCUAUGAACUUCAUCGAGCAGGGCACUUGCAAGUAACGGAUCCUCGGGAUCGGGUAUUUGCCAUGCUGGGCCACUAUUCUAUUCGUAAGGGGAAGAAUAGCAAACUGAAGGAGAUGAAGGCGGACUACAUGAAAUCAGUUGAGGAAGUUUAUGUCGACGUUGCUCACAUGAACCUCCCCUCCUCAACUGAAGCUUCAAGGACGCAAGAGCGCAAAAUGCCACUGCCAUCUUGGACACCGGACUGGCGGGCUCGUCAUGGACAUAUAAUGUCUGAACCUACUAGCCAGCACCGCGCCUGCGGCUCAAAGAAGCCCGAUCUUCACGUCAGCGCAUCAGUCCCAAAGGUGCUCAGCAUUCGCGGCAUCAGAAUCGAUUCAAUCCAGAACUGCUCUGCUCCAUUAGAAAAGGGAGCGUUUCACGAGAGGAGAUCCGACCAAGGAAACACCAAGCGAGUCGCAAUCGAGUCUCUCUGGAUGGACAUCUGCGGCAACACAAACGGUUUUGGUCUCGACGAAAAAUACGUCGAUAGCAAAGACAGCAGCUUCUUCGCCUACGUUCAGACACUGAGCAACGGCUGCAUGGCCAUUUACUGGCAAGAUCAUGCCGCUGAGAGUUACGGCGCCAUCCGGCAUGAAGAAUGGCUUGGACAUAGCGCUGCCUAUCUCACCACCGCGGUCGACAAGGCGACCAUCUCUCCCGAGCUGCAUCGCCUGGCCGAGAAGGGAGACGCGCUGAAAUGGAGCCGUGCGGCGACUGGCGCAUCAAGCAAUCGAAGAUUUGCACGAACGACCAGGGGAUACUACGUGAUGGGACCUCAAGUCAUGGAGGAGGGCGACAUUAUAUGCGUGCUCUUUGGCGGGAAGAUGCCGUUUUGUCUUCGUCCUUGUCUGGACUCUCACCGUUUUUUACUUGUUGGAGAGUGUUAUAUACAUGGAUUCAUGAAUGGGGAGGCGGUAGAGAUGCUUGACGAGGGAAGACUAUGUGAUGAGAUGCUUGAAGUUGUUUGA